UUCUGCUUUCACUCCGACUUCUGUUUCGUGUGUGUGCGCGCGCGCGCGCAUCUUCAGAACCAGCUCCCUAUUUACAGCUCUGUAUUUCAUGCUUGAGCCAGCCCAGACCAGGAGACUGAGGGACCAUGUGGGAGUCAUAUGAACGCCGAAGACAAGGCACAAACAAAUAGAGAGAGAGAGCGAGAGAGAGAGAGAGAGAGAGAGAGAGGGCGGAAACACACCACGUUGGGAGACGCUUCAUUUGUCCCUGAAAUGAACACGACCACUGGGCCUCCGCACCCGGCCGGAGGAGACGUGGCCCUGACCUACGUGCUGCUCCCGUUUUUCAUCGUCACCUUCGCCGGGAUUAUCGUAGCGGCGGUGAUGUACGUGAAGAGGAGGCAAAGGAUUGACCGGUUACGGCACCAGCUGCUCCCGGUGUACACGUACGACCCGACUGAGGAGCUGAACGAAGCCGAACAGGAGCUGUGGAAAGAAGACGACGCUAAGGGCUGGACGACGACGUACCAACAGCGCUGGCCUCUGCUCCGGAAGGACCCGAACGCAUGACAGAAGAACCGAUUCACACUCUGAGGCGUUAUAGCUGACUAAUAGACUGAAGUUACGAUAUCUCUGCACUCCACGCGGGAUUGGAAGGCCGAUGUAUACACGAUCACUCCAGUCUCGACCUCGGAAAAAGAAAAACGCCAGGGAACGGGAGAGGAAAACGGAGGACGCUGCCCUUUUCCACGACAGACAUGUUGUGAUUCAUUUGUUCCACAACACACACACACACACACACACACACACACACACACGUUAAUGUAGGAAAUCCAUGAUGAGCGCUGGAAGUCUUAACAGAAGUCUGUGUUUAUUUUUAGUGUAGGCUAAUCUACAGCUUAUUUCAGGAUCGCCGAAUUCCUUAAACAGUGGCGUAGAAACAAAUACCGAAAAUGAGCAAUGACGUGAAGUCCAGUAAUCGUCAACCACGACGUUAGUGCAAGUUCUGAUCAUGUAAAGCAUUUAAAAGUAUUGUAUUCGAUGCAUCGGUUUAGUUUUCAUUUUAUAUUUAUUUCCCUGUAAACGC